AUGGCGAAACGGGCUUGGACAAGUUGUAGUGGAGAAGAAAACACUGUCUCCACCGAGGGAAACAGCGCCUGUUUCUGGCAAAGUCCCGGUCCUGGGGAGUUUUCACAUGCGGACAACUCCGGAUGGAAAGGCAGUGAGAGCCAGGGCCAAAGGAAGAAGGGUGCUGUGGGCCCAGAACCGUCGGACAUCUUGCACUCACUUGAUCUUUUCCGCGUUCUCUGCGAUCAGCCUCAGUGGGGUCGUCGCGGGAGGGGCCCUAGCAGGGUCAGCUGCAAAAACAUCAAGCCCGAGUGCCCAGCCCUGGCCUGCGGGCAGCCUCGCCAGCUGCCGGGACACUGCUGCCAGACCUGCCCCCAGGAGCGCAGCAGCUUGGAGCCGCCGCCAAGCCUGCCCUUCGAAUAUCCGAGGGACCCGGAGCACCGCAGUUACGGCCACCGCGGAGAGCAGGGGGCCGAGGAGCGCGCGCGCACCGACGGCCACACGGACUUCGUGGCGCUGCUGACCGGGCCGAGGUCGCCGGCUGUGGCACGUGCCCGGGUCUCGCUGCAGCGCUCCAGCCUCCGCUUCUCCAUCUCUUACCGGCAGCUGGACCGCCCCAGCCGGGUCCGCUUCUCAGACGCCGCGGGCAGCGUCCUAUUUGAACACCCUGCAGCUCCCACCCGAGAUGGCCUGGUCUGUGGGGUGUGGAGGGCAGUGCCUCGGUUGUCCCUGCGGCUCCUUAGGGCAGAACAGCUGCACGUGGCACUCGUGACACCUGCCCACCCCUCAGGGGAGGUCUGGGGGCCUCUUAUCCGGCACCGGGCCCUGGCUGCAGAGACCUUCAGUGCCAUCCUGACUCUGGAAGACUCCCAGCAGCAGGGCACAGGGGGCAUUGCUGUGCUUACCCUCAGCGACACAGAGGACUCCUUGCAUUUCCUGCUGCUCUUCCGGGGGCUGCUGGAACCCAUGAGUGCAAGACCAGCCCAAGUUCCUGUGAGGCUCCAGAUUCUGCAUAAGGGGCAGCUGCUUCGCGAACUCCAGGCCAACACCUCAGCCCAGGAUCCUGGCUUCGCUGAGGUGCUGCCCAGCCUGACAGCGCAGGAGAUGGACUGGCUGGUGCUGGGGGAGCUGCAGAUAGCCCUGGAGAGAGUGGGUGGACCAGAGCUGCGCAUCAGUGGGCACAUUGCUGCCAGGCAGAGCUGCGAUGUCCUACAAAGUGUCCUUUGUGGGGCCGAUGCCCUGGUCCCUGUUCACACGGGUGCUGCCGGCUCCGCCAGCCUCAUACUGCUAGGAAACGGCUCUCUGGUCUACCAGGUCCAAGUGGUGGGUACGGGCAGCGAGGUGGUGGCCAUGACCCUGGAGACCAAGCCUCAGCGGAGGAAUCAGCGCACUAUCCUGUGCCGCAUGGCUGGACUCCAGCCCGGAGGAUACACGGCUGUGGGAAUCUGCCCUGGGCUGGGGGCCCGAGGGGCUCAUAUGUUACUGCAGAAUGAGCUGUUUCUGAAUGUGGGCACCAAGGACGUUCCAGACGGGGAGCUGCGGGGGCAAGUGGCCACCCUGCCCUACAGUGGGCACAGCGCCCGCCACGAGACAUCGCCUGCACCCCUGGCAGGAGCCCUGGUGCUGCCCCCUGUGCAGAGCCAGGCAGCAGGGCACGCGUGGCUCUCCCUGGAUACACACUGUCACCUACACUAUGAAGUGCUGCUGGCUGGGCUGGGCGGCUCAGAACAGGGCACUGUCACGGCCCACCUCCUAGGGCCUCCUGGGAUGCCAGGGCCCCAGCGGCUGCUGAAGGGAUUCUACGGCCCCGAGGCCCAGGGUGUAGUGAAGGACCUGGAGCCCGAGCUGCUGCGACACCUGGCACAGGGCACUGCCUCCCUGCUGAUCACCACCAAGGGGAGCCCCCGGGGGGAGCUCCGAGGGCAGGUGCACAUUGCCAACCAGUGUGAGGUGGGGGGCCAGCGCCUCGCUUCGGUCAGUGUGGAGGGGCUGCGGACACCUGGUGCUUUGGAUGCAGCUGCCCAGCACACGCUGCCCGCUGCUCCCGCCCCCGAGGCCCCUGCCCCUGCCAAACCUGGAGGCUCAGGCCGGCCCCGAGACCCCAACAUGUGCUUCUUUGAGGGGCAGCAGCGCCCCCACGGGGCUCGCUGGGCACCCACCUACGACCCACUCUGCUCCCUCUGCACCUGCCAGAGACGGACGGUGAUCUGUGACCCCGUGGUGUGUCCACCCCCCAGCUGCCCACACCCGGUGCAGGCCCCUGACCAGUGCUGCCCAGUGUGCCCCGAGAAGCAAGACAUCAGAGACCUGCCAGGGCUGCCCAGGAGCCGGGACCCGGGAGAGGGCUGCUACUUUGAUGGUGACCGGAGCUGGCGGGCAGCGGGUACCCGGUGGCACCCUGUUGUGCCUCCCUUUGGCUUAAUUAAGUGUGCUAUCUGCACCUGCAAGGGGGGCACUGGAGAGGUGCACUGUGAGAAGGUGCAGUGUCCCCGGCUGGCCUGUGCCCAGCCUGUCCGGGCCAACCCCACUGACUGCUGCAAACAGUGUCCAGGGUCCCACCCCCAGCUGGGGGACUCCAUGCAGGCUGAUGGCCCCCGGGGCUGCCGUUUUGCGGGACAGUGGUUCCCAGAGAGCCAGAGCUGGCACCCAUCAGUGCCCCCCUUCGGGGAGAUGAGCUGUAUCACCUGCAGGUGUGGGGCAGGGGUGCCCCACUGUGACCGGGAUGACUGCUCCUUGUCGCUGUCCUGUGGCUCGCGGAAGGACGGUCGGUGCUGCCCCCACUGCGUCCCCCGGCAGCCGGCCCCCGAAACCAGGACUCUUCCAGAGCUGGAGAAAGUAGCUGAAGGCUCCUAGGGAGCAGCCGGAAGGCCGCGUGACCAAGAGGAGGGGCCUGAGCUGGGGGAAGGGGCUGCGCUGAGGACGCUGCCUUCUCCUGUGCCUGUGCGGGAGCCCAGUGCCUUUAGCUCCUCCAUUCUGCCUCUUCUCCCUUCCCCACUACCUCUGGGAACCACAGCUCCACAAGGGAGAGAGGUGGCCAGGCCAGGCCAAGGCCAAGGCCACAUCCACUCCAGCGCUGCCCUGCCGCCCUCUGGGCUCUGCCCUGGAAGCCCCGCCCAUUUCUUUUUGUACAUAUGUCACUGCUUGUUGGGAUUUUUAAUUUAUCCUCACUCAGCACCAAGGGCCCCCCCAUUCCACUCCUGCUGCCCCUGAGCUGAGCAGAGUCAUUAUUGGAGAUUUUUG